AUGGCUGUGCCAUGCGAUUAUGUUUUUUCCACGCUACUGGUGAUCCUCACGGGGCUGUUGUUUAUCGACCUGGUGCCCCUUCAGGAGACGAUGCGGUGCUCAGGCGACUAUGCGAAUGCGACACAAUGCCCAGAGGUUUACUAUUCCUCCUCUUAUCAACUGGCGCGCGAGCGGUUCCUCGCCGCCGCUAAGACUGCCCACGCGGAGACCGAGCAUCACCUCAUCACGAAGAGGGGAAACGUGGAGUACUACAUGGACACCGCCUUUUUCCCCGGUAAGCGAAAGGCCAAGCUCCUGGUGCACACCAGCGGCACCCACGGCGUUGAGGGCUACACUGGCAGCGCUAUCCAAGUGAAGCUACUGCAGGAGUGGAACAAGACUUCUCUCUCCGGCCCAUCCGUCCUCUUUGUGCAUGCGGUGAAUCCGCACGGCAUGGCCCACUUUCGCCGUUUUAACGAGGAGAACGUCGAUCUCAAUCGCAACUAUCUUUCCACCGAGGAGUGGGCUGCGGUGAAGACGCGGGUCGCGAAUGCGACAGGCUAUGAAGACUUCCGAACGCUAUUCGUGCCAAGCGCGCCACCCCGCUUCAUUGACCGCUACGUGUUCCUCUACACUGCUGCCAAGACGCUGAUGCGCCACAGAUUUAUCAAGGUGAAGCGAGCCUUUGUUACCGGGCAGUACCACGAUCCUGUCGGCAUCAACUACGGUGGCGAAAAGGAACAGAAAAGUAUCUCAGUGUUGCGCAAGGUGCUCAAGAAGCACGCGGCCGCCACCGGUGCGACUGAAGCAAUCUACAUCGAUGUGCAUACAGGGCUCGGUCCCACCGGGGUGGAUACGAUGAUGGUGAAAGACGGCCGCGACUAUGAAAAAUGCCGCACAGUAUUCCCUGGAGUACGCAUCGGCAACAGCCAGAUCGCCACAAGUGGUCCCAGUUCCGGGUACGACCUCGCCGCUGGCAUUAUCCAUCCUGUGGCAGAGCUGGGACCCAACACCCUCGCUGUCAUGGAGGAGUUUGGGACAGUUAAUCCGCUCUACGUGGCACGUGCCGUGGUGCUUGAAAACGCGGCGUAUCAGUUGUGCCGUGGAAGCUACACUCACACAGUGAUGCAGUCAUGGAUGCGCGACGCCUUCUAUCCGCAAGAGAUUAGCUUCAAGCACGCCACGUUGAAACGCGGGUCUUCAGCGUUUUGGAGCGCAUGGACGUAUCUUGCGGAGAACCAACGAUAG